CCUGUCCCUGUCCCUGUCCCUGUCCCUGUCCCUGUCCCUGUCCCUGUCCCUGUCCCUGUCCCUGUCCCCACAGACACGCCGUGGCAGUGACUCCGAGAAGCGCAGCCUGGACAGCCGGGGCGAGGUGGCCGGCAGUGGCCGUGCCAUCCCCAUCAAGCAGAGCUUCCUGCUGAAGCGCAGCGGCAACUCCCUGAACAAGGAGUGGAAGAAGAAAUACGUGACCCUGUCCAGCAACGGCCUCCUGUUCUACCACCCCAGCAUCAACGACUACAUCCACAGCACGCACGGCAAGGAGAUGGACCUGCUGCGCACCACGGUCAAGGUGCCGGGCAAGCGGCCGCCCCGCGCCAUCUCGGCCUGCGGCCCCUCGGCCAGCAUCAACGGGCUGCUGCGGGACCCCGAGCCGGGCGCCGGGGUCCCCUCGGUGGGGCUGAGCCUGCCCCCCGAGCCGGGGCUGAAGGUGGUGGGCAAGGGGUCCCUGCAGCGCUGCGCCUCCGCCUCCAGCGCCAAGCUGGCCUCAGAGUCCCCCCUGUCCUUCGAGGCCGUGUCCAGCCCCGGCAGCGCGGGCAGGGACCCUCCUCCGUCGCCGCUGGUGGACAGGAAGAAGCACCGGCGGAAGAAGCUGACCACGCCGUCCAAGACCGAGGGCUCGGGUGGGCAGGCAGAAGAGCCCUGGGUGCAGGUGACGGUGCCCGGGGUGGGAUUGUGCCACGGGCCACCUGGCAACCACGGCGAGGGAGAGCUGUGGGCACAUGAUGCCACGUGUGACGCCAUGCUGUGGGUCACGUGA